AUGGCUCCCGCAAGCACCAUGGAUAGCAGAACAACCACUCGUUCAGCCCAUCCUUCUGCAGGUCGUACUCCUCAUCCCCCUGCCACCUCCAAGCGCGAGGGUAAGCCCGCGCGUGACUCAGUUGCCUCUUCUCGAUACCUCGAAGUCAUCGGUCAAUCACGUAUGGACAGUACUAGAAACACUAGCACUAUGCGCUCCAGCGAUCGUCGUCCUCAUCGUGGUGGCUCUACUGCCGACACCAUCAGCAGCAGAGCUCCACGCACCGACCGCGAGCAUCGUGAAUGUGAGAAGUCGACUGCAUCAACCAUCAAGGAUGGCUCCGUUCUUGGCUCUGACUCCUACGACCCUCUUACCAGCAGAAAUCUCAGUCGCCACGAUCGUUCCGCCGGUCGCUUUGAUAAAUCGAAAGUCCCUGUGACCAUCUACGAAGAGGACAGUCGUGCAGGAUCCGCAGCCCCUCGAUCUUCUCGCCAUGACACCGCCAAGCCUACUCAUUACGAGUCCUCAAAAUGCGGCCACUUGGUCCCUUAUGAUGCUUCGCGUAACAACCGAGACGAGGGCGCAAUGACUCGUCGCAAUGACAAGACCUUCAGCGCUGGUUUCAAUGAAGCAAUGGCCUCACCCGAUUGUUCCAGCAUUCGUAAAACUCAUUGGAAGGAAGAAACUGCUUCUGGCACUAAGUACGACAUUGUCCAGUAUAGUGUUCAUAUGAAGCGCUAA